GCGCGCGGCGGGACGGGGCGGGGCGUCCCGGAGUCUGGCGCGCGGCCGGCCGAGGGAGGGGAGAGGCUCCGCUGGGCCCGCGUUGGCAGCGCCCGGGGAGCCUCAGGUGCUCCGGGGGUCCGGCUGCGUGGCCGGGCCUCUUGCCAGCCUCCAGCCAGGGUGUCGUUGCAGGGCCGUCCCCAUGUUGCGCUUUCCGACCUGUUUCCCAUCCUUCCGGGUGGUGGGAGAGAAGCAGCUGCCGCAGGAGAUCAUUUUCCUGGUCUGGUCGCCCAAGCGGGACCUCAUUGCUUUGGCCAACACAGCGGGCGAGGUUUUGCUUCACCGACUUGCAAGUUUUCAUCGAGUUUGGAGUUUUCCACCAAAUGAAAACACAGGAAAGGAAGUGACCUGUCUGGCUUGGAGACCAGAUGGCAAACUUUUGGCCUUUGCUCUUGCUGACACCAAGAAAGUUGUUUUGUGUGAUGUAGAGAAACCUGAGAGCUUGCACUCUUUUUCUGUGGAGGCUCCUGUUUCUUGCAUGCAUUGGAUGGAAGUGACUGUGGAAAGCAGUGUUCUGACAUCUUUUUAUAAUGCUGAAGAUGAGUCAAAUCUUCUGUUACCUAAACUGCCUACAUUGCCAAAAAACUACAGCAACACCUCAAAAAUAUUUAGUGAAGAAAAUUCCGAUGAAAUUAUUAAGCUCUUGGGAGAUGUCAGGCUUAAUAUUCUUGUCCUUGGAGGAAGCUCUGGCUUUAUUGAACUGUAUGCUUAUGGCAUGUUCAAGAUCGCCCGAGUCACGGGGAUUGCUGGCACCUGUCUCGCGUUGUGUUUGUCCAGUGAUCUGAAGUCACUAUCAGUGGUCACAGAGGUGUCUGCCGGUGGGGCUGCAGAGGUCUCUUACUUCCAGCUUGAAACCAACCUGUUAUACUCUUUCUUACCUGAAGUAACUCGCAUGGCCAGAAAGUUUACACACAUUUCAGCUCUUUUACAGUAUAUAAAUUUGUCGCUGACGUGUAUGUGUGAAGCAUGGGAAGAGAUCCUCAUGCAGAUGGAUUCUCGUCUCACUAAGUUUGUGCAGGAAAAGAACACGACCACAUCAGUGCAGGAUGAAUUCAUGCACCUGCUGCUGUGGGGGAAAGCAAGUGCUGAACUGCAGACUCUCUUAAUGAACCAGUUAACAGUAAAGGGCUUAAAAAAGCUUGGCCAGUCUAUCGAAUCAUCAUAUUCCAGUAUACAAAAGUUGGUUAUAAGUCACUUACAGAGUGGCUCUGAGUCUUUGCUGUACCAUUUGAGUGAGUUGAAAGGAAUGGCUUCGUGGAAACAAAAAUACGAGCCCCUGGGACUGGAUGCCACAGGCAUCGAAGAUGCUAUUACCGCUGUGGGUUCCUUCAUACUCAAGGCCAAUGAACUUCUUCAAGUUAUCGAUAGUAGUAUGAAAAACUUCAAAGCAUUUUUUCGGUGGCUGUAUGUAGCAAUGCUGAGAAUGACAGAAGACCACGUGCUUCCCGAGCUGAAUAAGGUGAUGACUCAAAAAGAUAUUACAUUUGUUGCUGAAUUUCUUACUGAACAUUUCAAUGAGGCUCCUGACCUUUAUAAUCGCAAAGGAAAAUACUUUAACGUUGAAAAAGUUGGUCAGUACCUGAAAGACGAAGAUGACGAUCUCGUGUCGCCCCCUAACACGGAAGGAAACCAGUGGUAUGACUUUCUUCAAAACAGCAGCCACCUUAAAGAAAGUCCUUUGCUGUUUCCUUAUUACCCUCGAAAAUCAUUGCAUUUUGUGAAAAGGCGCAUGGAGAACAUCAUUGACCAGUGUUUGCAAAAGCCAGCUGACGUAAUUGGAAAAUCAAUGAAUCAAGCCAUCUGCAUCCCAUUAUACAGAGAUGCUAGGAGUGAGGAUUGUGCUCGUAGAUUGUUCAAAUUCCCUUUUCUGUGGAAUAAUAAAACUUCAAAUCUGCAUUAUCUUCUUUUUACUAUUUUAGAAGAUUCACUUUAUAAAAUGUGCAUCUUAAGGAGACAUACUGAUAUUUCCCAAUCUGUAAGUAAUGGACUGAUUGCUGUUAAGUUUGGGAGCUUCACGUAUGCCACAACUGAAAAAAUCAGGAGAAGCACCUACAGCUGUUUAGAUGCGCAGUUUUAUGAUGAUGAAACUGUUACGGUGGUUCUUAAAGACACAGUAGGACGGGAGGGAAGAGACAGACUCUUGGUCCAGCUGCCAUUGUCUUUAGUAUACAACAGCGAAGAUUCUGCCGAAUACCAGUUCACUGGGAGUUACUCUGUAAGGCUGGACGAGCAGUGCGGCGUCAUCCCCACGCGCACUGUGCAUUUCGAGAAGCACUGGCGGUUACUGGAAAGCAUGAAAGCACAGUACGUCGCUGGGAAUGGUUUCCGGAAAGUGUCCUGCGUGUUAAGCUCGAACCUGCGCCACGUGAGAGUGUUUGAAAUGGACAUCGAUGACGAGUGGGAGCUGGAUGAGUCUUCGGACGACGAGGAGGAGGCGGGCAGCAAGCCUGUGAGGAUAAAGGAGGAGGUGCUGUCUGAGGCCGAGGCCGAGAGCCAGCAGGCUGGCGCCGCCGCGCUGGCUCCCGACGUCGUCAUCAAAGUGGAAGAGCUGGACCCCGAGCUGGACGCGUAGCGGCCCCGCCGCUGGUGUGGGCGGAGGAGCAGGGCUUGGACCACAGUGAAUUUUCUUUGUGUAACAAAGAAAUAAACAGUAUGUACUUUCUCAUAUUCUCCUGCUCAGUGAUACGGGCACUGUGUGCAGACCUAAUAUUUAAGGAAAGAACUGAUUGAAGGGGAAGACAAAGUUUAAUCUUUUCUGCCAAAAGAUAGCAAAAUUUAUUCCUCUAUCAGGAAAUCACAUUUUCAUAAUCAUUCACCACUGGAAAUGUUGAUAGAUAUGGUAUUUUUUUAAAAAAGAUUUACUAGAGAGGCAGAGAGAGAGAGAGAAUCUUCCAUUUGCUGGUUCACUCCCCAGAUGGCCACGUUGGCUGGAGCUGCGCUGAUCCAAAGCCAGAAGGCAGGGGCUUCUGGGUCUCCCAUGCAGGAGCAGGGGCCCAAGGGCUUGAGCCAUCUUCUGCUUUUCCAGGCCAUAGCCGAGAGAUGGAUCAGAAGUAGAGCAGCUGGGACUAGAACUGGCACCCAUAUGGGAUGCUGGCAUUGCAAACGACGGCUUUAACCACUACGCCACAGCGCCAGCCCCUGGAUAUGGUAUUUGCAAAACGCAGACAUUAUUGCUAUUUUCUUGCCUUGCCUUCUAGUUCACUUUGGAUCUCUAGAAUGUUCUCAAAAUCAUGUUUUUUUACAUAAAUGAUACUGGUUUACUGUAAUACUAAGCCAAACUGCCUUUUAUACUACAAAUCGCAAAACACUGCUUGACACCCGCAUCAUUCUCUUCUCGUUCUGUUCCUGGUGUUGCACUCGGGAGUCCAUGGAGUCAGCAGUGUCCAGGUGUGUCUUGUGCUGUGUAGUUACAGUCACGGUAGCUCUCUGGUUAGCUCAGCAGGAACACGAAACAUAGGGACCAACUGGACCUAACAGAGCAUUGGUGCCGGUGAGCUACCGUCGGCUUCCUAAUGCGUGUUCCUGAGGUACGGCAGUUUCCUCAAGUGGCUUUCAAAGAGUGGCCGUUUCUACAUAUGAAUUCUAAUACCAGGGCACUGCCGAAUGAAUGGGUCUUUUAAAGUUUUAAAUGUCUCCAAGCAGGCGUAUAAACUUCACCCAGGUGAGUGUGUAACCGCAGGGUUGUUAUUUAAUAGGCUGGCCGUUCACACUUGGAUUUCGGGUGCUGUUAAAUAAAAAUUGCAGGCAGGCGUUGUUAGGACUAGACUGCUGCACUAGGCCCCGACAGACCAAACAGAAAAUCAAAAUGGAGUCACUCAUGCUGACAUUCCAGGUGAGCCGAAGCUACCUUGCUGUCCAACCUUCCAAGAAAUCAGGAAAGAAAAAGGUAGCAGCCAAAACUCCCCAACUGCACCAGUUUCGAUGGGCGUGACUGUGAAGUUCCCCAGCUUCAGUCGUCACAGAAAACAGCUCUGAGUAAUCUGAUUUUAACCAGUCGGUUAUUUUUCUGUUAUUCUGUCUCCUGUCCCUGCUCGAAAAAGAGUGUAACUCUGAAAUGACCAAUCCCCGUUCUGUUUAGCUUCUGCUUUUUUUUCAGCCUUCCUCUGUCUGCGCAGCCCAUCAGAACACUCACUGCCUUUGCCUGAUUCUAGAGUCACAAAUAAAGCCACCUAAGAUCUUGG